AUGAAGUCCGUGAAGGAAAACACGGCACCGUGUUUAGCCGAUGCUAUGAAACUGAUGGCUGACGAGGAAAAUCAGUUUGCAGUACGGAAAGCGUCUGAAUGCUACCAAGAAGAAAUGAAGAAGAGGAUUAGCAAGCACAUGCCAGAUGAGAAAGAGCUUGAGAGAUAUCACAAUGAGUGCAUGGACAUUGCUGUCAAUAAAUUGAAGGAACUUGUUGUUGUAAAUGACAGUGACAUAUUUAACAGAAAAGCGGCCGAAUGCUUUAAAAGUCAUUUGGAACGAUUCAAGUCGAUCGUAGAGAAGGACUCCAUUGACAGAUGCAGGAUAUUUCUAAAACCACUCGACAAGAAAAUUCAACAGAAGAUCAGAGAAAAGAAGUAUGCUCAUUCGCAUGGUUACAGCGAAUACUUUGAAGACAUCAACACGCUUGCUGAUGAAUUCACAAAGCAUGAACUUAACCUUGGAUCAAAGGCUAGAUCUGCCUUGCAGGAAUAUAUGGAUGCAAAGGUCAAAGAAGAGCAACUUGUUUACGAAAUGGUUAAAGACAAAAUCGGUGCUGAAUCAGAACGUCAAUUAGAUCGCCUUUCACCUGGAUCGCUUGUCAUGCCAAUGAAGUUUGAAGAUGUAACAAAAGAGGAACAUCCAGGUGAAAAGAAGGCACUUGAGUCAUUUAAAAUGAUUGAAAUGGAUGGGCUGGUGAAUAUUGGAUCUCAAAUCCUUGAGAAUCUGGAAAUGAAGUUUCUAGAGAUAGAAAAGGCUAAGGCCGAGUUGUCAGAAGACGACACAUACUAUAAGCAACUUGUAGCAGAGUACGACGACUUGAAAAAUAUUUACGAACAGGCGAAAUUCCCGCAGGGUCCAAAGAUUCCGAAGCCGAUUCCAAAGCCAAAGCCGAUCAUGCCGGGAAAGGGUGAACAAGCAAAUGCUCCAAAAGGAAAGGAAACGCCAAAAUGUCCAAUACUUUGAAACAAAACACACUCAGACAUAUAUCAUGACAAUGUUUCUAAAAUAUGUGGAUCUAUCACACACAUUGUUUGACCCUAAAUGUCUACGAAAUAUAGACAUGGAUCUAUAAACCAGGAGAAUAAAGUUGGAACUUAUUUACAUUUUAGAAUUGUUUAGUGGUAUACUGUUAUUAUGCCACGAAAUAGUCGACUUCAGUUACAGGUAUUACUUGUUGAUG